GGGUAGGCGUUGAAACAGAGAGAAGAAAUUGACGGUGGAUUUUGUGUUUUUUGACAGUUAAAGGAAGAAAUCGCUGUCUCUGUCGCGCGCAACGAUAUCUGCAGAUUAGAGUGUGAAGUCCAAACUCUGAAACCCUCAACUCAAAUCCAAUCCUUUGGUUGGUUUCGAAUUCGACUCCAACCAAAUUCCCAACACAUGGACUCGGUUCUCUUGCACUUGCAUCUCCACACUCUCCCUCCUCUCUCCUCCGCCACUCACCGCCCUCUCUGCCACCCUCUCGCCGCCUCCUCCGCUUCUUUCCACCGCUCUUCUCCUCCUCUCCCACGCUUCCGCUUCUCGCCGCUUCUCGCCGCUAACACCCUCACCGCUAAUAACAUCUCGCCAAGAAGUGGACUAUACACUGUUGGUGACUUUAUGACAAAGAAAGAGGAUUUACAUGUGGUGAAACCGACAACAUCUGUGGAUGAAGCUUUAGAAAUUCUUGUUGAAAACAGGAUAACUGGUUUUCCCGUGAUUGAUGAUAACUGGAAACUGGUUGGUGUUGUUUCAGAUUAUGAUUUGUUAGCACUGGACUCUAUAUCAGGUCACGGGUUAAAGGAUAACAUGUUUCCAGAAGUUGACAGUACUUGGAAAACUUUCAAUGAGGUUCAAAAGCUGCUAAGUAAGACCAACGGAAAGUUGAUUGGUGAAUUGAUGACCACUGCCCCUAUGGUCGUUCGUGAGACCACCAAUCUCGAGGAUGCUGCGAGGUUGUUGCUAGAGACCAAAUUUCGACGCCUUCCAGUUGUAGAUGCUGAGGGUAGACUGGUUGGGAUUAUCACAAGAGGAAAUGUUGUAAGAGCCGCACUCCACAUGAAACAAGCGAACCAAAAGAAAGCAUGAUAGGAUUCAGAAGAUCAUUAAAAAACUUGUUGCUGGAUUUCAUGCAGUAGUUCGAUUCAAGUGUUCACAGAAUUUGUUCCCCAAAAAAAAAGUGUCCACAGAAUCUUGCUUAAAUCAGAAUUAAAAUUUUAGCUUAGGCAUGUAUAUCUUAUUGUUUUGGCAUUUACACGAAUGUUUGUCACGGGCAAUAUUUUGAUAGGGCUAUUAUUAUUCUUCUUAAUAUGUUCUUGUUGUAAUUUAUAUGGGCAACCUUGGUGAUAAUGAUGUUGAAAAUGUUGUGAAUUCGCAGCAUUAAUCAUA